AUGGUGGAGAAGUCUAAUGACUCUCAUGUUGAUGGACCUGUGCUGAAACCCAUCUGCUCAUUCAACUAUGUGGUAAGGAUGAGAGCAGACACACCUCAGCCUGGUGCUGAGGCUGUAUCUGCUGGUACCUUGGGCACUGAGGAUACCCCCAGUAACUAUAAGACUUUGGUUGCCCCAAACUUGGCAUCCUCUGCAACUAAGAUACUAGAUAACCCCUUCAUCAGCUCAAAGGAGGGACCCUCUAACCCCAAAGGGAAGGAAGUUGACCCAUGCAAUUGGGGGAAUGCCAACCUAUAUGAGUCUGAAAUAGACCUGGAAGCCCAGAGAGAAGCACUUGCAAACUGGGCUCAGACCCAUGAAUGGUCUAGGAGAGUUCCAGAGCAGGAGAACAGGGAGGACCUAAUCAAUUCAAUAAUGGCAGUGGUAAAAGCCACUGAGAGCUGA